UCCAGUCGAAGCGAGCUGCCCCCGGCUGAAGAUGGCAGGUCUCCCGCACCGCGUCAGCCCCGUCCCAGGCCUGCUCCUGCUCUGCCUUCUGGCUCCGCGCUUCAGCCCCCGGAGCCCUCUCGCCGCAGCAGAGCUCGAGCUGGUCAAUGCCACGUCUUCGGUCCCCAGCAUGAACGAGACGGCAGACAGCCCCCUCACCUGCCACAGCUUCCAGUGCGCGGGGGAGAGAUGCUACCAGGAUCUGGCCUAUGCCAACGACACCGUGGCCUGCCACAACGCCUCCUUCUGCGAGCUCCACCGCGUCACCAGCGCCAACUACACGGCCCGGUGCAGCAGCGCGUGCGGGGGGGUGAACGGCACGGAGAUGUGCAUGGCCAACGGCAGCAUGCGCGCCAGCCCGUGCGCCCUGGAGUGCUGCAGCUCGCCCCUCUGCCUGCAGCUCAACGCCACCGCCUACGGUGACUUGCCACCCACCACCACGCCGGCACCUACCACCACCACCACCACCACCAAGGCCCCCCCGAGAAACGGCAAAGUGUGCGCGACCUUCUCCUGCCGCGGGGACGGCUGCUUCAAGGGCAAGAAGCCCGCCAGCCGGUGCAUCGUCGGCUUCAACUUCUGCGAGAUGAAGAAGACGGGCUCGAGCUAUGUCGCUGGGUGCAGCAAAGCCUGCAAGACGGGCAAGCCCGUGUGCGCCGGCGGAGUGGCCACCACCUGCUACCAGGAGUGCUGCCCCGCCGGCCCCAAGGCCAGCUGUCUCAAGCUGGACGGCCACGUGCACGUCAACGGUGCUGGGCGGAGGGCUCUGGCCCCGAUCCUGCAGCUCCUGGCCGGCGGCGCGGUCCUCAUCCUCCACUACUGCGUCCUCGCUGCCCUCCAGGGUUAAGCAGGGCCUGCAGGCGGACUAGGGGCUGGGGGGCCCUGGGCACGCGCUAGGACCGCUGUAGCUCUCUCCCUUCGGCUAAGGCUUGCUAGGAAACUCCCUCUGCUCGAUCGUGCCCAGGCAGGACGGCGCCCGUGGGCUUCUCCCAUCCCCGCAGGACGGCUCCCAGCUGUUGCACGCGCCGGUCCGGCCCAGGGCCGUGCGCAGGGUGCCUGGGGGGUGGAUUUUGGGGCUGUCCCAGAGGAACGCUUCUCCUGCACCUGGGCUGCAGUGCGGCUGGGGACAAAGCCCAGUCUACCCCCUCGGGCGCUCGGCCAGCCCCGCUUUAGGCUGCUGAGGGCGGGAGCAGGGAGACGUACGCCUGAGGGGUCCCCGGACCUGUGCAGCGGGGAGCCCCCGUGUCGUCGCUGGCAUGAAGGGUGCCCCUCUUUGCAGGCAGGCUCUGGGGCUGAGGCUGCAGCUGCCAUCCAAGCCACCCAUCCUCUUGGCCCGAGGAGCUGCCGGCCCCGAGCUGCGUGCUGCCAGGGGCCUUCAACACCAGGCCUGUAAAACCUCCCCCCAGCUUUUCCCUUGGUGCCUUCAGCCCCCAAAACCAGUGGCGCUGGGGCCAGUCCUGCCCCACGUCCUCUAGCUCUGUCCCACAGCACCGUCAACCGUGAGCCCUCAAACUUGCGCCCGGCCCUGGUGCGAUCCAAAGCAGAGGUGCAGCCCAGGCACCGAGCAGGCGGGAAAGCUGCACGUGUCACUGCCGAAACCCAGGCCCUCGUGGGACUUGUAGACCGCGGCAGCACGGCGCUCUCUUCCCGGGGGUCGGGGUGACUGGAGCGGGGUGGAGGAAGCCUCACAAGAUCCUUCUGCAAGUCCCAGCCCAGGCAGGGUCAAAUGGAGGAUGCAGUAUUUCCUCUCUGACAUCUUAGUCGAGGAAAUGGGUUUUUUCCAAAGGCUGCCCAGGUCCUCGGUGCCCCUGUUUGGAAAUCCCUGGUGCAGAGGUGGUUCGCUGUAGGGCUGUGCUAAUCUGGGCUUAGCCUGUUGCUAAGAAAUGCGGUGCCACCUGUCCCUGCCUUGAGGCUGACGAUGCACGACCCAUCCCGGCCCGGUGGGAGCCAGACCCCGCCAGCACCAACGCUGCUCGCGGCUGUGCCGACGCGGAUGCCGCCGGGCCUGUCGUGCUCUGUUGCUGUUGCCAUUAUAUCUCGGACCCCUUCCCCUGCAGAGACGUCCUUUAUAAAUAAAUACGUGUGUC